AUGUAAAAGUACGUAGCUCACUAAUAGGCUAUGACAAAUCGAAAUCUUGAUGAGUUUGUCUCGGUGCAUUGCUGUCAACUGGAGGCCAUUGGUGUUCCUAGACGUUACUGGGAAUCUCUGCAUAAUAAACUAACGAAUGAAGUUUAUGAUGCUAGUGAUUACUUUACAAUGCUGUAUGAUGCCAGCACAAACGAUUGGAAAGUGGUUGUUGCUGCUUCAUCUGGACUUAACCUAGAAGAUGAAAACAACAUUUUCUUGAUUGAUCAUGCUUGGACAUUUGAGCUUGAACAUGCUCGGAAACAUUUGAUGUUUAUUCCUGGGCUGUUGGACAGAAUGUUAAACUUAAUGGGAUGUGUACCUGUUGGUGUUGCAACUGAUAACUUAGGAGAUGAAGGAAGUGCUUGUGUUCAGUGUGAUACGAGUAAUGACAGGAAUCUUUCCAAAUUGGGUUGUUCAAAUGGACAAAUGUUGGAAGUUCCUUCGGAGCAACCUACUGUUGAAAAACAAAUAGACACCGUGAUGGAGACAAUAUGGCGGUUUGCUCAAUUUUACAAGCUGUCAUCGAUGUCGACUGCUGAGCAAGGUGGGGUCUGGUAUGUAAUGGAUGAAUUUGGGUGUAGGAUUCAACAUUCUGAUUAUCCAUCUUUUAAAUGCGUUCCUUUCUUUUACAACAGUGUGGGAAUAUGUUACACUCUUACGUGGCCUGUUCGAGAAGUUUGUUGUGGAGAUGAAUUAACAAGGGAUUAUAUUAUGGGUGUGGUUUGUGAAGAGGCUCGCAUCACCAGCUUGCUGCCAUGGUUUUAUAAGGACAUUAGAGAUAUGGUAGAAAACAAACCAUUACCAUCAAGAACUAUGGUUGACGUCGAUUGUGAGGGUAGAUUUGCUGAAAUUAUUACUGUUGAAAAUGAGGAUGUAGACGAUGAUGUUGCUAUAGUGAACAAGACUGGUCCUCUGGCAGUCUACACAGAUAUGGAAUUGUUGAAGUCGUUUGUCACUUUGCCGGAGUUUUCAUUUACUGAGGAUUUAGGCACAGCAGACAUCAUAUGGAUUUGUGAUCAUUUUAGGAACUUUACAGAUUUAAAGCAAUGUCCCAAGCAAUUUGUCAAUCAGUUUCCAUUUGAAAGUGUUAUAACUUGCAAAGAUCUGUUAGCCAGAGUAUGUCAAAAAGAUACUGUUACUGAUGAUGGAACUUGUCGUGGUGCAGAUUGGUUGCCAUUGACUUUUGACCUGGUAUUGGAACUCCCGCAGUUUGCAAGAGCUUUUCAACAACGAGAGUAUCGUUCUUUAGACAACAUCUGGAUUGUGAAACCAUGGAAUAUGGGUCGUAGCUUGGACACUCAUAUUACUGACAGUUUGGUGAAAAUAAUUCGACUGUCACAAACUGGUCCUAAAAUAGCUUCUCGGUACAUUACAAAUCCUGUUUUGUUUUACCGAGAAGGCUUGGGCCAUGUAAAGUUUGAUAUUCGUUAUAUUGUCUUGUUGUCAUCAGUUAAACCUCUUGUCUUGCAUGCGUACAAUGUUUUCUGGCUGCGAUUUAGUAACAAGUCUUUCAGUUUAGAGGAUUUUGAAGACUAUGAGAAGCAUUUCACCGUUAUGAAUUACGGAGGCAGUGAGCUUAAGCAGAUUCAUUGUCAUGAUUUUAUUCCUAUGUUUGAAAGUCAGUAUCCAAACUACCAGUGGACUGAUGUACAGGCUUCUUUACAUGACGUCAUAUGCAAAGCAUUUAAAGCUGCAACCAUUGGUGAUCCCCCAAAUGCAAUUAUACCAUUUCGUCAGGCCCGUGCAUUGUAUGGCGUUGAUAUGAUGCUAGAGUGGUCGGCUGACAAAACUGCUGAGCAGAAAAUAAUGAUUCCCCAGCUGCUGGAAGUUAACUACUGCCCAGAUUGUGUUCGUGCAUGUAGGUACCAUCCAAAUUUUUUCAAUGACAUUUUCUCGUUUUUCUUCCUACAGCAUAGUACUGAUGACAUUUCUAAUAUGACUCGUCUUUUGUAGAGAUAUUUUAUAUAUGUAAGAGUCAUGUUAGUUUGGAUGAA